AUGUUCAAAAAGAAGCCUACGAUUAAAAACCUUUCUCCUCUGAGGUCUUCCGACCGGAGGAAAAUUGCCGACCAAAUCAUCAGCGAUUACAGAAUUUCCAUCCCUUCGAGUCCCGCCGAAACAAACCCAGAUCCAGCUGCCAAAACAGCUCCCCAGGCACCAAACCUUUCCUCGAUCCGAAGUGCUCUUCUUCCAGAGAACUCUCUGACUGCACGCUUCACAACAACAGCAGGCCCCGAUCUGCGUGAGGUGCAGGGUGUUGUCUACGUUGGCGCUCAUCCUGGAGAGGACGAACGCGUGCUCUGGUUUAAGGUGGAACAUGGCCCUGGAUCCGACAAAAAGCUCUACCCCACCGUGUACACGCUAUGGCAUAACCCGGAUAUUGUCCCUCUGCUACACACCCCGGAGAUGGUCAUGCGGAAGCUUCAUGGUGGAGCCGAUCUGAUGACCCCGGGAAUAGCAAAUGAUCCUCCCUUCGAUCCCCGGGCUACCAAGGGCUCUGUAGUAGCUGUUGCAAGCCUGAAUAGCCACACUGUUCCUCUCUUCGUUGGUAUUUGUGAGAUUGAUGUCUCUACACUUGGUGAGGUCCAGGGCACGAAGGGCCAUGCGAUUCGAGGUCUGCAAUGGGAAGGUGAUGAAUUGUGGGCGUGGAGCUCUUCAUCGCGACCGGGUCGCCCACCUCCUGAGUACAUCGAGGGAUGGGACGAAGAGGAGACAGAUGAAUUAGAGGAGGGUGUCGAUGAGCUGACACUAGGAGAGAAAGAGGAUACCGCCAAUGAUAACAUGGACGAAGUCGAGGGCGAAACCCCAGCUCCCGUGGAUGAACCUGCUGUGGAUGUGAAGGAGCCUACUGCCAAGGAUGAAGAAAUCGAUGAAGCCUUUGUCAACGCCUUUGUCUAUUCGCUUUACAAACUCAAGCAGGACAACCCGUCAGCCACAAAUCAUGGUUUGACUCUGCCGGUCUCGCCUUCUAUUCUGAUCUCCAACCUUGUCACACCAUAUCUUCCGAUCUACCACCCCCAACAAGUUCAAUUUUACAACAUCAAGAAAACCAGCUGGAAAAAUGUCAAAAAAUUUAUCAAGCACCUGGACAAGCUUCAACUUGUCAAAGCCAAAGACCGAAGUAACCAAGAGACCUACGUCUGGGAUGUUGACUUUGACGAUCACCGGGUGGAGCGAUUUGUGCCUUACAAGCUCCCGUCUAAGAAUGCACUUGACAACGCCAACAAGUCGGCAGCUUCAGAUGGCAAGAAGCCAGCCGCAAAUGAUGGUUCUGACCCAUCUGUUGGACAAACACUCACCGUCCAGACUCUCUAUCGACCCACAGCCAAGCUGGUACCCACCAUCUUCCCAGCUCUUUCAGCGAGCGACCCGAAGAAUUUCUACAAAUACCCCGAAUUGUCCACUCAGUUGGAUCAAUACCUUCAAUGCCAAGACCCGCCUCUCAUCUCCAAAGAAAACCGCCGCAUCAUCGAUCUCAACCCUUUCUUAGCGAACACCAUUUUCACGUCCUCUUCUGCUGAGGAUCAAGGCACACUCAAGCGUGGCAAGACCACCCGCGACGGUCUCCUCAAGCGCAUUCAGGAAGACCGCACCCUAGUACAGCCUCACUAUGCCAUUCUGAAACCUGGUCAAACUCUUUCAGAAGUCAAGCCCAAGGCCGGCGCCACGCCUAAGGCCCUCGUCACCAUUGAGAAGCGUUCCGGUAACAAGGUUAUGACCAAAGUUAGCAACCUGGAAGUUUUCGGUAUCAUCCCUAACCUUCUGGCGGAGGAGCUGCAAAAGAAAUGUGCCAGUAGCACUAGUGUGGCGCAGGCUUCUGGGGCUGCGAAGGGCAUCAUGGAGGUCUUGGUUCAGGGUGAUCAACGGAAGGCUGUGGACACUGCUCUUGUGCGACGGGGUCUGAAGAGCCAGUGGAUUGAAUUGGUUGACAAGACCAAGAAGAAGAAAUAG